GACGUCUCCUUUGCCUCAGACAGAUUCUCCGUCCGCCGAUGGUACCUGCAUAGCCCCUCGCUCCUGUCUGUGGGGCCUGGGCAGGAAUCUGUUGCUCAGUCAGUGACCUCAGAUACCGCCGCCACCUGGUACAGGAUUCCCCACCACCACCAGCUCCUUCGGUUCAGGGCCACCAAGAGUUAAAACAGCUGAGUGUUUUUGGGGUGACGUAGUCUGGAAGACCCCAGUGGAAGAGUUCGGUGAGGGUGUCACUGGCGGUAUGAUACAACUGUGAAACCUGAGCCCCCGGAGCUGCAAGCAUGAAGAGACGGAGACCCUGAAUCCACGCAGAGCGCCUGCACUGGGAUCACAGACGGCACCAUGACCCUGACAGCCAGGACCAGUCUGGCUCUGUUCUACCUCUGCGCCGUCCACAUCUCUGCCCACCCCAGGGCUUCAAAAUAUACAGUGAUUAAUGAAAACUGUCCUGGAGCUGAGUGGAAUAUCAUGUGCCGAGACUGCUGUGAAUAUGAUCCGGUGGAGUGUGUGUGUCCAGGAGGCAAUAAGAAGGUGGGAUAUAGCAUCCCUUGCUGUAGGAAUGAAGAUAAUGAGUGUGACUCCUGCCUCAUACACCCAGGAUGUUCUAUAUUUGAAAACUGUAAGUCCUGUAACAAUGGGUCGUGGGGCAGGAUGCUGGAUGACUUCUAUGUGAAGGGUCAGUACUGCUCGGAGUGUCGGGUCGGCUGGUACGGUGGAGACUGCAUGAGAUGUGGGGAGGUAAUCCAAGCCGCCCGUGGAGAGAUCAUGUUGGAGAGUUACCCAUUUAAUGCGCACUGUGAAUGGAGCAUCCAAGUGUCACCCGGAUAUACUGUAGAACUCAGGUUUGCAAUGAUCAGUCUGGAGUUUGAUUAUAUGUGUCAGUACGAUUACCUGGAAGUCCGAGACGGCGACACUGUGGAUGCUAAAAUCAUCAAGCGCUUCUGCGGGAACGAGCGGCCACAAUCUAUCCGCAGCUCGGGGAACUCUCUGCACCUUCUUUUCCAGUCAGAUGGAUCUAAAAACUUUGAUGGAUUCUAUGCUACCUACGAAGAAGUUACUGUGUGCUCCUCUUCCCCAUGUUUCCAUGAUGGGACAUGCAUUGUGGAGAAAACUGGAUCCUAUAAAUGUGCCUGUCUGGCGGGAUAUACGGGAAAACACUGCGAAAACGUGAUAGAAGAAAAGAGCUGCAUGAAUCCGGGACCACCACUGAAUGGAUAUAUGAAAUUGUCUGAGCAGGGGGGCUUCACAUACGGGAAUCGGGUCAAGAUUGGUUCCACCAUCCACUACUUCUGUAACAACAGCCAUGUCCUCAGCGGGAAUCAGGAGCGGAAAUGUCUGGAAACAGGGCAGUGGUCUGGGAAGCAGCCAAUCUGCAUUAAAGCUUGUCGGGAGCCCAAGAUUCCUGAUCUGGUGCGUCAGAAGGUGCUGCCAUCGCAGGUUGAGUCCCGGGAGACUCCUCUUCACAAGCUUUACUCCUCAUCAACGUCUUCAUUCGCCAAGGAGAAGAUUGAAAUUUACCCCACAAAGAAGCCGGCUCUGCCCCCCGGAGAGCUCCCCAUAGGGUACCAGCACCUCCAUACACAAAUCCAGUACGUAUGUGUGUCGCCAUUCUACCGGCGCACAGGUAGCAGCAGAAGGACUUGUCUGAAAACCGGAAAGUGGAGUGGGCGAGCUCCAUCUUGUAUCCCUAUUUGCGGCAAGCUGGAAAAUUUCACCAUUCCCCGGGUCUCCGAAAUGCGCUGGCCGUGGCAAGCCGCCUUAUACCGCAGAUCUAACGGAGUGAAAGAUGUGAACCUGAGGAAGGGCGCCUGGGUCUUGGUGUGCAGCGGGGCCCUGCUAAAUGAGCGCACCGUAGUGAUAGCUGCGCACUGCGUGACUGACCUCGGCAAGAGCACCAUUAUCAAGGUGUCAGACCUGAAAGUCGUGUUGGGAAAAUUCUACAGAGACGACGAGCGGGAUGACAAGAGCCUGCAGCAUCUGCACAUCUCAGCCGUCAUCAUACACCCUAACUUUGACCCCAUCCUGCUGGACUCUGAUAUCGCGGUCAUUAAACUGCUGGACAAGGCCAGAGUGAGUAACAACGUCCAACCCGUGUGUCUGACCUCGUCAUCGGAUCUUGACUUGACCACACUAGACUCCAAGAUUGUCACCAGUGGUUGGAGGAUCCUCUCUGACCCCAAGGCCACAGGUUACAAGUACGAGACAAUUCGUGGCGGUUUGGUGCUGCCGGUGGACUCUCUCCUCUGUGAACAGCAGUAUGAGGAGAAUGGGAUCGCAGUCAGUGUGACAGAAAGCAUGUUCUGUGCCAAACAGGCAUCGGGUGCCUCGUCUCACAUAUGUCCUUCAGAGACUGGGGGUAUCGCCGCUGCUCUGUUGCCAGGAAAGGAGUCGUCUGAGGGCACUUGGCAACUGGUAGGACUGGUUAGCUGGGGCUACGACAAGGCCUGUCAUCAGGAGCUCUAUACCGGGUACACUAAAGUCACCACCUUCAGAGACUGGUUGGAAAGAAAUAUGAAGUAGAUCUUAAGGAGUUGGUGUUCAUCUCCAGAUAUACAUGGACUUAGGCUUUUCCUUCUAUUUAUAUAUCCAGUCACAAUUUCAUACAUCUCAGACUUCUGAACACAUCUCCAGAUAUCGUAGAGGCAGCCAUUUUGGGGGCUCUUUUAAAAUUCAUGAGGAACGUUAGCUUAGGGUUGAUGCAGAACCAAUGAACAUGUUAAGUUGCAUGAAUGUUAGCAGCACCUUCUUGAGGU